ACAGUUUUCGAAAAGUAUCUCAGCAAUUUAGGCAAAGUUUCUGAACUUUCAGUUACUACUUAAUAAAAAGUUUGUUGGUUGUUUACCUAGCUCAAGAGAUUCUUUCAGAUUUAAUUUAAUAAAACCGGUAGCUUAGGAUUAUAAAAUUAACUUUGACUUUAUUUAAUGUCCCUCCCGCGCGAAUGCAGCUUAGUAAAAAUGAGUCAUAGUGUUCAGAUCUGCCUACAUUCCAGAAGCUUGCAGUAUUCAGUAGACAUCAGUCGAGCGCAGAAGCUCUUCGUGAUAAGACGUCUUCAAUUCAAAUUUUUUUUAUCGAACACACCAUGGAGGGGGACAAGGUAGUUUUUCAUAGUUCUGAUCUACCAUACGAAUAUUUAUACGACGACGAAAAACACGUUUCGCACAUGCCGGAUUCCAAAUUAAGUGUACGAAAUAUUUUGGAUUCAGCUUACGCUUCUGCUGAAGGCAAAAUUAUAACUAGGAAACUUUCGCGCAGCAUUCCGCCGUAUCCGCAUGCUGUUCGAGUAAAAAAUGGCAUUCGUGUUUAUGAAUACAGUGAGCCCAGAAAACAGAGCUACAAAUCAAGUUUAUGGAAGGAGGCCUACAAUAUACUCCACCAGCGGUUGGAUAUUGCCGAGCCAAUCGCAGCAAAGGAACACGUGAGAACGCAGAUACAUCCGUGUCUGCACAAGAUCAAAGGACUUCUAGAUCCGGAAACCUGCAUCAAGUGUCCGCGGUGUCAUAAGUCCAUUUCGUCCACCAAAGUUGUGAAAAGCUUUGCAUAGUGACGAAUGCAAGCCACCUUCAACAUAUAUAUCUAUUAUAGAGGUUCAAUAUAUGCUCAAAUCAACACAUGCAUUUAUAUAUAUAUAUAAUAUAAACAAAGAAUGCAACAGCCCU